CGUGUGUUGUGAGUGAGUGCGCGGGAAAGGAAGAUCAACACCUGAGCUCCUGCGGGCUGUCACUGUGUAAUACCUGAUUUCGUCUCAAAUUUGCACUUCAAAGCAACUGAGGUUUUUAAAAAUGACCAUGGAGAUUUCUCCAACGCGUUACGCGCAUUCGGACGGCCACACGGACGUCUGCUACAGCUCGGACGGCAAAUACAUUUUGACUUGUGGAACCGAUUCGGACGUACGAAAGUGGUGCAACAUCGAGGACGAUGAUCCGCAGGCGCUGGGAACGAAAAAUUUGAAUGCCAUCGCUCUCGUUUCAAUGAAAGACAAGAUCUAUGUGUCUGGUGAUGAUAAUAAGGUUGCGAUUUACUCACUCAGCGAAUUGGCGCAUGAGGGAAUACUCAGGAGGGCAUCGGCGCCAAUCACCUGUCUUUCAUUAUCCACCAAUGGCAAUUUGGUUGCUUCUGGAGGAUGUGAUUUUGCGAUUAAUGUGACCGAAACGGAAUCUCACAAGGACUCGGUGUUUAAUGGACAUACUGCUCCAAUCUUGUCUGUGGUAAUUGAUCCCAAGGGGGAAUUCCUGGCGUCCUCCAGCUGUGAUGGUUCAGUCAGGGUGUGGGAGAUCUCCAGCUGCCAGCAAGUCCAGUCUUGGACAAACUGCUUUGCCAGCUCAAACGACUUCCAUGCCUCGAGCACGCUGGCUAGAAUGUCCUGGCAGCCCAGAGAUGGCAAGGUGCUGGCCGUCCCAAGCGGCGAGACGAUCAAGCUGUACCAGAGGGGCAACUGGAGCGAAAUUAUGACGCUCCGCAACCCCGCCAUCACCAAGCCAUUCAGCAUUGCCAGUUUUUCACCCUGUGGUCGUCUCCUGGUCGCAACCUCAGGGGAUGGAACGUGGUCUCUCUUUGAUGUCGCUUCCAACUUUAAACUGAUCUCAACCGAGAAGAACCCGAGAGGAGCGGUUGUCACUGGGCUGGCAUGGAAGCCGAAAGAAAGAUCUUUAGCUUUCUGCAACUUUGAGGGAGACCUUGGCAUCCUGACUGUCACCCUGGCAGACGAGGAUCCGAAACCUGUGGUUGAAAUUGAUGAGCAGGUUGUGGCAGAAAAUGGAAUCGAGGACGGAAUUACAUCUGAUUUUGACAUGGAUGACUUUGAUGAUAAGCUGAUUGAGGAAAGAGUUGCAUCAAGAAUGAGUGCGGUGUCAGGGUCCGUCGCCACAGGCCAAAUAGUGCCGAAAGUUGAGGCCUCCUUUUCUAUGCAGGAAGCAUUUCAACCUAGCGCCUGUCCCGUCCACUUGCAACGCAGAUUCAUGGUGUACAACAACGUGGGAAUAGUCAUUUCGGUGGUGGACGACGUGGACACUUCGACCAUCGACGUGGAGUUUCACAACAUCAGCGUGCACCACAACUUCUCGCUUCCAAACAUCUUUGAACACACAAUUUGCACGCUGACAGAGGAAGUGCUGGUGCUGUCAGGCCCUCGGCAGGAUUCGACCGACAGCAGCAAGGUGGUGGUGCAGCUGCUGCAGGGCGCUGACGUCUCCAGGGAGUGGAUGGUGGACCUGCUGCCAGGCGAGGAGGCCGUCUGCGUGGCUGCUGGCCUCGGCUUCGUGGCCGUCGGCACCAAUGAAGGUGCGGUCCGGCUUUUCUCCACCGGCGGGAUGCAGAGAGAUGUGCUGUCUAUUGGCGGGAAAAUCGUCAGCAUGAGUGCCCAUGGCAAGCAGCUUAUGGUCGUCUACCACGCUGGAUUAGGAACCGAUACUAUUCAAAAUUAUGGGUACGUGGUGUACAGCAUCCGCGACAACACGAUCCGGUUUGCAAAGAGGCCGCAGCAUCUGACCGUUCCUCCUGGCUGCACACUUCGCUGGAUCGGCUUCACUGACGAAGGAAAUCCAAGCUUCCUCGACUCUGACGGCAAAAUCCACGCCAUCUCUUACAACAACGUGGCUUACGUUCUCACCGAUACUGAAAGACAUGGGGAGAAGAGCUCCAGCAGUCAUUAUUUCCUGAUUGGCGUCAAUGAGACCGAAAUGAAAUUCAGAGCCAUCCUGUGCAAAGGUGCUUACUACCCUCCCAUCGCUCCAAGGCCGAUCAUGGGCGAAAUUCUUAUCCAGGCUCCAAUUUGUGAAGGUGAGUCGGCCAAGGGCAAGCUGGAGGAAGAGUACGUGCGAACCAAGAGGGCGGCGUACUCGUCCAAGCACAUCUGUCCCAGCACUGGAAUGCCCAAGGACGAUGACUACUCCAUUAUCAGCACCGUCAAGUCCUUCAACACGACUCUUCUCAGGCUAUUUGCUAUGGCUUGCGUGGCAGACAUGGACACGAAGGCCUAUGAUAUUUACAAGUUGAUGACUGCCCCUGAGUGGAGAGUAAAAGCGAGGCAGUACGCGCACAGCAAGAACAAAAACCGGCUUUUAGAGAGACUGGAAGACUUUGUUGAACAGCCUGAUUCUGAAGAAGAGACAGAUAUUAUUGAGGAGAGUCAAGAGAUUGAGCCGAGAUUCAAAAUUGUGAGCCAGCACAACAGCACAGAAUCCUUCAGCAAAUCCACAGAACCAAUUGAACCAAUGAGAGUGAGCAAGUUGAAGAAGCCCUUUUCCAGCCACAGAAGUUUCGAGAUGUUCAGCAGCCCUGUCCAAGGUGGAGGCAAUCCUUUUAAAAAGAACGCACCAAAGCCUCCUCUCAGUGAAACUUUGCUUAGCAAAUACAGCAAUUCGGAAGAACUGGACGUCACUCGGUCAGAUUCGCCCGAUAGCAUGGACGUGUCAAAUAUGAGCUCAAAACACAUGUCAGACUUUUCGGAAGCGUCUCAAGAAACAAAUGCAGCACCCUCAGCUGUGAUUCCCAAACAAACUGAAGCCGAGAGUGCGAAAGAAAAUGCAAGCGGCUUGAACGACUUCAAAAAGUGGUUUGAGAAUAACAAGACGAAACUCCAGGCAGAGCACCCUGGUCUCAAGUUGGCUGAAUUGAAAAAAGAGGCCAUCAAAGUUUUCAAAUCUGAAAGUAAGGCUGGUGGAAAGAAGCGAGGGCCUGCUGACAAGGCAGAUGCACCUGCACCCAAAAAGAUGGCCAUGAAAAAGCUUGAUGCGUUUUUAUUCAAGAAACAGGUCAAAGAGCCAGAACCGGCAGCAGAAGAAAACACUCAGUUUGAAGCGGAACCAGUUCAAACUGAUUCCCUAGACAAUACCUUAGUGUCAGACACCCCUGAGAUCUAGUACUGGUUUACGCACAUUAAAUUUUAAUUACAAUACAAAGUAUUUUUUAAUAAACUAUUUUCCUACAAUUUA